AUGGUCAUAAACACAAUACAACAUGUUGCCUCUGGGCAAGUUUCUUCCAGUGGCGUGGCUAUGAUGAACUAUGUUCAUAAGGUUUCAGAUAGGGUCUCACUUGCAGCAGAUUUCAUGUACGAUGCAAUGUCGAGAGAUGCUACAGCUAGUGUUGGGUAUGACUACAUUCUUCGACAGAGUCGGCUAAGAGGUAAGAUUGAUUCUAAUGAAACAACCUCUGCUCACCUCGAAGAACGUUUGCCUAUUGGUGAUGGACUUUGUUGCAUUCUAUCCGCACAGGUGGAUCACUUGAAGAAGGAUUACAAGUUUGGUUUCAGUGUCAAGUUGGUAACAGGUUACGACACAGAAGUAUAA